AGGUGCAGUGGAUAUGUUGUCCAUCUGCAGAUCAGAUCUUCAAUGGUCAAUAGGUGCUGUGGAUAUGUUGUCCAUCUGCAGAUCAGAUCUUCAAUGGUCAAUAGGUGCUGUGGAUAUGUUGUCCAUCUGCAGAUCAGAUCUUCAAUGGUCAAUAGGUGCUGUGGAUAUGUUGUCCAUCUGCAGAUCAGAUCUUCAAUGGUCAAUAGGUGCUGUGGAUAUGUUGUCCAUCUGCAGAUCAGAUCUUCAAUGGUCAAUAGGUGCUGUGGAUAUGUUGUCCAUCUGCAGAUCAGAUCUUCAAUGGUCAUGGGUGCUGUGGAUAUGCUGUCCAUCUGCAGAUCAGAUCUUCAAUGGUCAAUAGGUGCAGUGGAUAUGUUGUCCAUCUGCAGAUCAGAUCUUCAAUGGUCAAUAGGUGCUGUGGAUAUGUUGUCCAUCUGCAGAUCAGAUCUUCAAUGGUCAAUAUGUGCUGGAUAUGUUGUCCAUCUGCAGAUCAGAUCUUCAAUGGUCAAUAGGUGCUGGAUAUGUUGUCCAUCUGCAGAUCAGAUCUUCAAUGGUCAAUAGGUGCUGGAUAUGUUGUCCAUCUGCAGAUCAGAUCUUCAAUGGUCAAUAGGUGCAGUGGAUAUGUUGUCCAUCUGCAGAUCAGAUCUUCAAUGGUCAAUAGGUGCAGUGGAUAUGUUGUCCAUCUGCAGAUCAGAUCUUCAAUGGUCAAUAGGUGCAGUGGAUAUGUUGUCCAUCUGCAGAUCAGAUCUUCAAUGGUCAAUAGUUGCUGGAUAUGUUGUCCAUUGGCAGAUUUAGGGGUCCCUGGUUUAAAUUAUUCCAGUCCUUCUGCUUAUUACAAAAGUAA